UUCCUUCUUUUUUCUUUUUCUUCAGUGGUGCUGCAAAAAUUUUUUCUUCUUCUUCUUUUUUCUUUUUCUUUGUACGCCUGGUUCUUUUCUUUUUUUGGGCAAUUUUUUUCCUCUUUUUCUUUAUAGGCCUGUUUCUUUUCUUUUUUUUUCUUUUUUUUUAACCUCCUGGGCAAUUUUUUUUCUUGGAGGAGGACCAAGUAUGUUCCAAACUCACAAAAGGAUAGAGACGUGUUUGGCAUGCAAUAAAAAGAGCUGCAUUCCCAAUUUCUCUCUCUCUCUCUCUCUCUAGUAAACUGCCUUCAUCCCUUUCAUUCCGUCCAUACUUCUUUUACUUGUACCAUGAAAUAAAUUAAUUUGCAAGCGUUUUUUUUAGUAAACAUGAGUUUCAGUAAUGUUUUGACUAUUUCUCUUACUGAUUGAGAUAAUACAGCUAAGGUAGCAGAAGAUUAAUUGGAAGAAGACCCUUUUUUGUAUUUCUCCACUCCUGUCUGACCUUUUUUAUAUGCUUCAAAAGUCAUAUUACCCGUGAAAGUUUCAAACCCAAGAAUAAUUUUAGCCAUUUUUAGCAGCUACGUGAAAAAUUAUAGUCCCAGACAAAUCAAAUCUGUUAUAAGAUCAAAAAAAAAUCCUCGACUGUGUAUUUUUUGAUCUUCUUCCAGACCUUCAGAAUAGUUUUCAAUAUUCAAUGCCACGUGCUUAAUAGUUGUAUUAAUCUAUCGAGGUACUAUUUUCCUAGUAAAAAAGUUGAGUUUUUCCCCUUUUAACAAAAAAGAACAUGAAAGUAGUAGUAGUACUAAUUAUUCCCUUUCACGUGUUGGCCAACUUGACCUGACAAUCACUUGUGGCUACUGGAAAACAUGCUCAAUGUAGUAUUUGUUUAAAGCAAACAAACAUGCUUAAUUUAUUUCAUGUUCACUUCAUACCUCUCUCUCUCUCCCCAUUUGAGUCCUUCUGUUCUCUCAUUAAUUACCUCCUGGGCUGUUCCGCUGCUAGAUUUUUUUUUUCCAGCAGCUAUAUGUGUUUAUGGUGUUAUUUGUACUUGUUAAUUGUAGAUGACAUCUGAAAAUUCUAGUAAAAAGGACCCUGGUUGGAAGUAUUGCGAAAAGGUUGAUCCACACAAUAAUACAAAGUUGAAAUGUAUGUUUUGUAACGAAGUGAAAAAUGGGGGUGUGUCAAGAAUCAAGCAACACCUUGCAGGAGGAGCUAAAAGGAAUACGGCGGCAUGUCGCCGAUGCCCACCUGAGGUUAGAGAGGAGAUGAGGGAGUUUAUACGUAAAAGGGAUGAAACAAAGAGUCAAAUUAAGUCUGUACCAGAUUUUGAUAAUGCAAUGAAUGCUGAUGAUUAUGAUUAUGACCUUGACCUUGACCUGGAUGAUGAUAUUAUUGAAUCUAAUCCCCGUUCUAAGAAAUCUUCUACUCACGGAAGCACAACCUCCGCAUCUAUUCAUUCUAAGCCUAAGAAACCAAGAAACAUAGGGCCUCUCGACACUUACUACACUCCUGAACCAGAGGUGGUGGUGGAAAAUAGAAAAGCCAAGGGCAAACAGCCAAAAAUUGAUGAGAAUGAACCAUAUAAGAAAAUAUUGAAAGACCGGGCUCAUCAGGCUAUUGCAAGGUGGAUAUAUGAUUGUGGGAUACCUUUAAAUGUUGUGAACAAUGAUAGUUUUGCGCCAAUGAUAGAGGCUAUUGGGCAAUACGGUCCGGGUUUGCCCCCACCAACUUAUCAUCAAGUGCGAGUCCCUCUUCUAAAAAAAGAGGUAGAACAUGUUAACAAGUUGAUGGAGGAGCACAAAAAAGACCAAGAACAAUAUGGGUGUACGCUAAUGAGCGAUGGGUGGACUGAUAGGAAAAAUAGAACAUUGAUGAAUCUUUUGGUGAAUUCUCCAAGGGGGACCAUGUUUUUGAAAUCCAUGGAUGCGUCUGGAAUUGUAAAGGAUGCAGAAAUGAUAUAUGAAUUGCUUGAUGGGUGGGUGGAGCAUAUUGGAGAAGCAAACGUGGUUCAAGUUGUUACGGAUAGUGCUGCGGCAAAUGUGGCGGCAGGGAGGUUGUUGGAGGCAAAACGACCUCACUUGUUUUGGUCUCCGUGUGCCGCCCAUUGCUUGGACUUGAUGUUAGAAGACAUUUUUAAGUUACCAAAUUUGAAGACAACUUGGGAAAGGGCAAUAAUGAUUCAUGGUUAUAUUUAUAAUCGGCCCUCUUUGUUGAAUAUGAUGAGGCAAUUUACCCAAAGGAAGGAGCUCGUUAAGCCGGCAAAAGCUCGAUUUGCAACCGCUUUUUUGACUUUGCAAAGGGUUUAUGAACAAAAGGGAAACUUAAGGAAGAUGUUUACUUCAGAGAAGUGGACCAAUAGCAAAUGGGCAAAAGAGCAAGGAGGAAAACAUGUAGAAAAAGUCAUGUUGAUGGCCUCAUUUUGGAGGAAUGUGCUCCUUGCCCUCAAGUUCGCAUCCCCACUUGUUAAGGUACUUAGAUUGGUUGAUGGAGAAGUCAAGCCUCCAAUGGGAUACAUUUAUGAGGCUAUGGAUCGGGCUAAAGAAACUAUUGCAAAUUCAUUCAAUCAAAAUAAUGAGAUGUAUGAUGAGGUCUUUAAGAUAAUCGACAAGAGGUGGGAAUCCCAAUUGCAUCGGCCUUUGCAUGCAGCUGGUUUUUACUUAAAUCCUGAAUUUUUUUACAAAGAUCCAGAGGCUUGCAAAGUUCCAGAAGUCAUUGGAGGCCUAUACAAAUGUAUCACAAAGUUGAUUCCCAAUAAUGAUACACAAGACCUUGUUUGUGCCGACUUGAUGAAGUAUGAGAGAGCUGAAGGACUCUUCGGUAACCCAAUGGCAAUAAGGCAAAGAAAUACAAGGGCACCAGCUGACUGGUGGGCCUCAUUUGGUCAUGACACUCCCGACUUGCAAAAAUUUGCCGUCAAAGUUCUUAGCCUUACUUGUAGUUCCUCGGGAUGCGAGCGUAAUUGGAGUGUCUUUGAGCAUAUUCACACCAAAAAAAGGAAUAGACUUGCUCAAAAUCGUCUCAAUGAUUUGGUAUUUGUUAAGUACAAUAGAGCAUUGAGACGCCGAUACCUCAAACGUGAUCGCAUUGAUCCUAUAUCCUUGAAAGAUAUUGAUGAGAGCAAUGAAUGGUUGGUUGGGAAGAUGGAGGAAGAAGUUGUGUUUGAGGGUGAUGAUUUGAAUUGGGAUGAUGUUGCUUUAGCUUCUGGAGCCGAAGAACCAAGGAAAACAACUAGAGCAUCAAGUUCAAAGUCAACAGACUCAAUACCUAUCGCAAAAAUGGCAAAACCAACUCCAAAAGCUAAGGCUUCAAGAGGAAAGACAUCUAUUAUAGAUGAGGUGAUUGAAGAGGGAGAAUGGGAGACAGAUGAUGAGGAGGAGGAAGAUGUGGAAGGAUAUAAAUCAGAAUCAUCAGAUGAUGAUGAUGAAAUUGAAGAUGAAGUUCUUGGUUUUGAGAAUGAUGAUUAAUGUCUAUGCAUGACUCUAGAUUUUGUUGCCUUUAAUCCUUUUGUUAUGUCUCUAAGGCUAAACAUUAUUAUGUUAGCUUUUCAUGGAUGAUAUGCUAUGUUUCGUGUUUGGUACUUUCGUUUAACCAUUGACAUGUUAUGUUUUAUGACAUUUUAAAGUUUUGCAA